UUCAUUUCAAGCCGAACGAAUUACUUCUACUUUUCUUCUACUCUGUUUGUUUUUACAUUCCAAAAAAAAAAAAGAAAAAAGAAAAGAAAAGAAAAGAACAGAGCUUUAUCUAGCAAAUGGGUUUUUUUGUGCUUUUCUUCUCUAUAAUCCUCCCAAUCCUCGUCAUUUUCAUCAUCUCUCAUGUACUGAAACGGAAAUCCGAUGAUGACAAACCCAAAAAGCUUCCACCGGGAAGCUUCGGAUUCCCCAUUAUCGGCGAAGCCUUCGGUUUCAUGUACCACAACCAUGACAAAUUCAUAGCCGAUAGAAUGAAAAAAUACUCAUCCAAAAUCUUCAAAACCAAUUUGUUAGGAGACCCAGUUGUGGUUCUCUGUGGAACCGCAGGGCACAAAUUCAUCGCGUCUAAUGAGCUUCAGAUUUUCCAAGCAUGGAGACCACAAUCCAUGAUGCAACUCUACCGCUCUUCAACACAAAAGUCUUCUUCUUCCUCUUCUUCUUCUCCUCCAACCCCAAUUCCACGCCAAACAGAGAUGCAGAUAACUCGAGCUCCAGGGUUUGUCAGAACCGAUGCUCUGGUUCACUAUGUGGGAAUAAUGGACUCUGUGGUUCAACAACAGUUAAAUAGCCACUGGGUUGGUAAAGAAAUCGUUAACGUUCAUCGUCAAGCACAAUUGUUGUUGUUAACUUUGGCAGGUAGAUUUUUCAUGGGGUUCGAAGAUUCAGCUCGGAUCGAAAAGCUUUCGAAUUUGAUGCAUAAGAUCAUGCUGUCACUGGAUGUUCUUCCUCUGAAUGUUCCCGGAACUAGUUUCUAUAACGGAAUGAAAGCAGCGGCAGAGGUGAGGAAGGAGCUUCAGUUGCUGAUUAAAGAAAAGCAAGCAGCCAUGGAUAAGGGAGUUGAGAUGCAGGACAUAUUGUCUUUCAUGAUUAGUAAACCAGACCCAAGUACUGGGAAAUCCAUGCCUGCUGGUGAAGUUGCUGAUAAAAUCAUGGGUUUGCUCUCGGGUGCUUUUAACUCUCCCUCCAUUAGCAUCUCUUUCAUCAUGAAGUUACUCGGUGAAAGACCUGAGAUUUAUGAGAAAGUUCGAAAUGAGCAAUUGGAGAUUGCAAGCUCAAAAAAAGAUGGUGAGGCACUUACUUGGGAAGAUGUACAGAAAAUGAGAUAUACAUGGAACGUAGCACUUGAAGUGAUGAGGCUGAGACCACCUGUUCGAGGUUUCUUUAGAGAAGCUGCGAUUGAUUUCAAGUAUGAAGGUUAUACUAUUCCUAAGGGAUGGAAGGUUUAUUGGACGGUUUGCUCAACAAAUAAGAACCCAGAGUAUUUUCCAGAUCCUGAAAAGUUUGAUCCAACAAGGCACGAGACAGACUCUGCUCCACCAUACACAAAUGUCCCAUUUGGGAGUGGUCCUAGAACUUGUCCAGGAAAAGAAUAUGCUCGUCUCCAAAUUCUUACUUUUCUCCAUUAUGUUGUCAAAAGGUUCAAUUGGGAAGUGAUCAAUUCUGAUUGUAAGGUUUUGGAAGGUACCAAUCCGGUGCCCUAUGAAGGCGUUCAUGUACGGCUCCAUAGCUCUUCGGCAUAGAACCCAUUUAUAUGCAUUUAUAUGAUUACAAUAUAUAUACACAUAUACACUGUCUGUUUUGUAUCAUCUUAUGUUUUAUUAAUUUGGGAAAGGGGCGAAAUAUAGGCAGAGCCAGCCGUCUUCCAUUCAGCGUAUACAUAUGAGUACGUAAUCAUAUGUAUAUAUGUAUGUAUGCAAUACUAUGCAUAUCCCACCAUGUCACAAUGUAAUAAUGUAGGUGCCAUAACUAGUCUCAACAGUGAGUUAUGUUUAAAAAAACAGUAAGUUAUUUUUAACUGAUAUAAAAUAAUCUCUCUCUCUCUCUCUCUCUC